UCCAAUUUGAGUAGUGAUAAGGAGAGGGAAAAAGAAAAAAAAGAGUUGUUCAGAGAAAAAAAAGAAAGAAAUGGAGGGUGAGAGUUUUACUCAUGUGAUUCAUGAACAUCCGCUGAGUCUGAUCCCCGACUCGGCCCGGAAAAGCGAUUACGAUUCAUGGUGUUAUGGUUGUCAGAGAUACAUUUUACCUGGAGAUGCAACUUACGGAUGCAGCCUCAGGUGUGGAUUCCGUUGGUGGUUACACAAAGAAUGCAUGGAAAUGCCUCAAGAGAUUAUGCAUCCUAUCCAUCCCUCACACUCACUUGCAUUGCGUGCUUCUUACGGAUUCAAAGAAUGUGCAAUUUGUAGAAAGGGUGGGUAUACGGGGUUAAGCUACAAAUGUAGACAAGGGAGUUGUGAUGGAUUCGAGAUCCAUUUGCGAUGUGCGGGUGGCGUUAACGAUAAGGAUUCAGCGCAGCCGGUAAUGAUGCAUCUAAGCCACCCUCAGCAUGAGCUACGAUUUUCCAAGAAAACAAGGUGGUGUCCAUUUCCCUGCGAUGCAUGUGGUGCCACUGAGAAAGGGGACUCCUACACCUGCACAAUUUGCGACUACUCCAUACACGAGAGCUGCGCACUCCUCCCUGCGUCUAAGGAGUUCCCUCGUCAUCACCCUGCCCACUCUCUGUCCCUCGCCUUUGAUGUUCCAUCUGUGUACAUCGAAUAUGAAUUUGAGUGUGCUGUAUGCAACAAAACCUUGCCAUGCAGACGUUGGGUCUAUCAUUGCAACCUCUGCAGUUAUGUCGUCCAUAUCAACUGCGCCAACUCCAUGUUUGAUGAUGAAAAUGCAAAUGCAAUUGAUGAUAAGAAAGAGGUAACAACCAUUUUUCCAAUAACAGUAGAGGACAUGUAUGAGGAGCUGAUCGUACCUUUCGUUAAGCGAGAAAGUGGACAAAUUCUUGUCCCUCAUGCUCAUGACAAUCACAACAUCAGUGGCAAGUAUAACUUCUCGUGUCACCCGCAUGUACUAACUUUUAUUACAUUUUCGUCGUCUAUUCCAAGAUCGGAAUUAAUAUGUGAUGGGUGCACACUGGCUAUACAUGAAAAGAAGCAAACAAGUGACGAUGGGUAUGAGAGUGGUUACAUGAGUUGUGAUGAAUGCAAAUACUUUCUCCACUUGUCCUGCUUCAACUUACCACCUGAGAUUCCCAAUCAUCCACUUCAUCCUAAAAACAAUCACAAACUAAUGCUUCGAAAUGUUGGCAAGCUCACAGAUUGCAUAUUCUGUAACAUUUGUCUUGCUUUAUCAAAUGGGCUCUAUUACGCUUGUACAAGCGCUAGCUGCUCCUUCAAGAUAGAUAUCAAGUGUGCUUCUAUGCCCAACACCAUAAAACAUGCAGCUCACCCACGGCAUAAUCAUCUCAAGCUAGAGGUACUCACAGAAGAUAAUAUCUGGCCUGAUUUUUGCGCUGGCUGUUUUAAGAUAAUACAUCCACGAUUGAAUGCGGGAAAAUACAGAUGCAGUAGCUGUAGGUUCAGUGUGUGUGACAGGUGUGUGAUGUUACCAGCAAGAAAUAAGCAUAGAUCGGAGAAGCACUUGUUGUCGUUGACAUAUGAUGCCUAUGUUAACCGUCCUGGUGACUUCUACUGCAGCAGUUGCGAAGAUCAAAUGAAUCCUAGGAUCUGGAUGUAUCAUUGCCGAGACUGCGAUCAAUCCUUUCAUCCCAAAUGCUUUUCUGCUACGUCGGGUUAUUACAGAAACAUCAACUUUGGAACAGAGCGGUAUGUGAUCUCCAAUUUUCAUGAUCCUCACCACCGUCUUAGAUUUCAAAUCAUAACUAAGAAGAAGAGAUGUGAUCUAUGCCAUGUUGAUAGCUAUGUGGUCUCUGAUUGGCGCACAUAUUAUCAUAAUCCUGGAUUGUAUGAUGGGGCUGGAUUUCAAUGUGAGUCAUGCUUCUUUGUCGCAUGUAAACCUUGUGGUGUGAAACACAUUGAAGAUGCUGAUAUGGGCACGAGGACUACACCACCUGAGGAGACGGUUAUGGUGCACUAUGAGGAACAGCUAGAGUCGGAAGAGACCGAGGAGGAGGCAACCGCAGAUGAGUAGGAAGAG